AUGGAUGCGACCAGUGAGGAUACGAAAUUCCAUGACGACAAUAUCCACACCGUGGGCGAAACCGGUCCUAUUCUCGAAGAUGAGAAGGAUAUAAGAUCCCAAGAGGAAUCUGAUAAAUUCACCGAAGCCGUUCUCAGAUGGCGGCAGCCGCAGACGAUUCAACAGGUUGUGGUGAAAUCCGAACCGGGUCAAAUGGAAUACUUCUCUGUUCAGUACAUGAAUGAAGAGGGGAAAUGGGUUACGGUGAAAGAAGUCAAGGACAACAUGCGGCCUAUGUACCGAUUCACCUUGCACAAUCCGAUUGUGACAACUAAGUUUCGUCUGAAGGUGCCACGCCGUUGGGAAUCGCGUCGGGUCGGUGGGCAGAAACGCUCAACCCGUGGUGAAACUGGGGCACCCAGUAUGCAAGAAUAUAAAAAGAUUCAGGAAAUCGAACUCUAUUACGCGCUUCCACCGGAUCCGAUGGAAGCAGGAACAGCCGAACAGUAG